GUGUUCAUCUUCGGCGUCAACUUCAACGAGAACAAGCUCGUCAAGAAAGCCCUUGAAUCCUUCUACGCCCUGGGGCCGCAAACAUCAGCGCGCAUCCUGGCCAAGUACUGCAUCCACCCGCGCGCGAAGGUGGGAACCCUCCCGCCCAAGACCGUCACAGCCCUGACCGCCGAGCUGUCAACAAUGACGAUCGAGAAUGAAGCGAGGAAGAUAGUCCAAGACAACAUCAAGCGGUUGCGUGACAUUGGGACAUACCGCGGCAGGCGACACGCCAUGGGCCUGCCAGUUCGCGGCCAACGGACGAGGAACCAAAUCAAUACCGCCAGAAAGCUCAACAAGGUCGAACGGAAGGGUUAG